UUGUCUUCCGUACAGUGAGAGAAAUGGAAAAACUUCACGAAACAGCAAUGAAGCUCAAUUUAGUUCGUUACAUUGGCUUUAUCGUUUUAUUGCUUUUGUCACAGUGUGCUCAAGGGCGUUUUGAGGAAUGCAGAACUGGAAUGUAUCCUCCCAAAGGACCAACGUAUAAAGGUAAUGUGACGUGGUACACGGUAAAUCUUAAUUUACCCCCAAGCGAGCGGUGGACGCAAGUGAUCAAAGAUAGAAAUACUGAGUUGAUUUCAAUGGUACAGACGAUAAAAGACAUGGCUAAGGGUUUUUUCCAAGGAAAGCUUAUCGAUUUAGUGGAUGGAGAGCUGCCUUUGAUUGUGGACACACUUCCAUACCCUUUUAAUGAAGAGAUUAAAGGAAUAGCAGACAUUUCUGGUGUCCCUCUUGGUGAAAUCACGCUCUUUAAUAUUUUUUAUGAGGUUUUCACUGUUUGCACAUCACUUGUUGCCGAAGACUUGAAGGGAAAUAUUUAUCAUGCCCGGAAUUUGGAUUUUGGAUUGUUUAUGGGGUGGGAUCUAGAAAAUAAAACAUGGACUUUAACUGAGAAACUCAAGCCACUUGUUGUAAAUGUUAAAUUUGAACGGGACAACCAAACAAUCUUUAAAUCUACCACCUUUGCUGGAUAUGUUGGCAUGCUCACUGGAAUUAGACCUGGUGUAUUGACCUUAACAAUGAAUGAACGUUUCAACUUUGAUGGAGGAUACAUAGGGAUCCUGGAAUGGAUUCUUGGGAAAAGGGAUGGAAUGUGGAUGAGUUUUCUUACUCGUAAAGUCCUAGAAAAUGCUACCAGUUAUGAGGAUGCCAAGAACCAGCUGUCUCAGACAAAACUGCUUGCACCAGCUUACUUCAUCUUGGGUGGGAACCAAACAGGCCAGGGUUGUGUGAUAACCAGAACUCGAAUAAACACAUUAGACAUCUGGGAACUUGAUAUGAAGCUUGUGCGAUGGUAUGUUCUGGAAACUAACUAUGAUCACUGGGAAAAGCCUUUAGCUGUGGAUGACCGCAGAACACCAGCGAUGACGUGCAUGAAUCAAACCACACAAGGGAACAUUUCUCUGGCAACAUUAUAUGACGUUCUGUCGACAAAACCAGUCCUUAAUAAGUUGACAACUUACACCUCCCUCAUGGAAGUGUCAACUGGAACUUUGGAGUCAUAUGUCAGAGACUGUCCAAAUCCAUGCACACCAUGGUGAUCUGUCAUCGCUGAAUCAUCUGUUUCUGUCAUUGCAGAAAUUGUUAAAAUUGUGACGAUUGCAACUCUACCUCUGAUGUAUUGUAUAACAAACCUCUUUACGUCAACUUGUUGCAUUUGAAAUCUCAUCAUAGCAUUACAUGUGCCAUUGUAACAAGCAUAAAUGUUUCCAUUGUUAAAAACAUUUUAAAUAGAAAUUUAAAAUAGUAUUCUAAAUGUUCCACAGGUGGAUACAACGUUCAUGUAAAUAAUUGCUGUCUUACUUUGAUGUUCCAUUGAAAUCUAUUUUUCUGCAAAUAUUUGGUGAUAAUUCUGAAAAGUAUUUUUGUAGUUUGUCAUGACAUUUUGAAUAUGAUGGAUAUUCAGGUAAAAAAAAUAACAAGCACUGGUCCUUAUUACUGAAUAUUAGUAUUUGGAGUGUUGUCUAAAGACAGCCAAUAAAUGUAUAAAACAAAACUGCUAAGCAGUGAAAUGCUUUGAUUUUU